AUGUCCAGCCAUGAAGGUGGCAAGAAGCCCCUGAAGCGGCCCAAGAAACAGGCCAAGGAUUUGGAUGAGGAAGAUAGAGCAUUCAGACAGAAGCAAAAGGAGGGACUGAGGAAACUUGUGGAGCUAAAAGUGAAGACCAGGGGAAAGGGCCCCCUGGCCACAGGUGGAAUUAAGAAAUCUAGCAAGAAAUAA